UCCAUAGAAUUAUUGAACCUUCCAGCAAUUACCAAGACUUUCCUUUUUAUCGCCGCAAAUGAGACAAAACUCAAACAGAAACUCACUCCACCAUUCCUCAAACAAACAUGUGAUGAAUUUUUUAUCUCCGACCCAACACCCACCUUUUUCGAUUCCCUUUCCUUCUAUCCCGAUGUACCCAGUGACCAUGGAGGGACACACUUACUAUGAAACCCCAACACCAUCUCAAAACCCCAUUCCCCAAUCUUGGUUGGAGAUAGGACUUCACAAUUAUGCCUUUUCUUUCACAGCUCUAGUGGAGGGAUAAGAAGUGAUACUUGUGAUAAGGAACCCGACCUUCAUAGCUCAGGUUGUCUCAAAGGGGAUGAGACUAGGGAUGGAAGCCUACAACAACCAACUAUGAAUGUCCUCAGUAUUUCAACAUCCGUUCGCGAUCUCUUUCCCGCAGAUCUGAUUCUAUUAAUUUCCAACAUGAGAUGCCAGUUUUCAACUCGCUAGGGAAGGUAAUGACUCAGGAUCCACCUCUUUUCCUCCCAACCCACUUUUUUCCUCAACAGGUUAUGGAAAAAUCUAUAUCCCCAUGGACAUCAACUGCAGCGAUGAUUGAGUCAUACCCCUCCAGUUCCAACAUGGUCCAAACUAGCUCAGAGGAGACCCCCUAAUGGUUGUCCCAAACCUAGCAACGUACUCAUCACAGAAUGAUGCAAGUACCUGUGGUGGGAAACUCUGAAGGAAUAGUCAUCUUAUGGUACGACUCCCAACUAGAACUGGAUGACAUUGCAACUUCAAUCCAAGAAAUCCACACAAUGAUUAAGGUACAUCCAGGACCUGUAGUAUGCAAGAAGGUGCAGCUGGACUUAAACAACACCCAACAAGCUACAACAACUUGCAGCACUGCAACAUCUGAGAAGAAUCAAACAAGGGAGAGAUGCAGUAUACAUUGCAGACCUGCAACAAAUUAUCCAAUCCAUGCAGUGCUUCCAAUACAAACAUUAUUCAAAGAUUUUUUCAAGUACUCUAAUCAUCAUGUACCUGCAAGCUCAAGAAGCUGCAAUAUAACCCCCAAUGAUGUUCUCCAUCACCACCAAACUUCAAAAAACUUGAAGAAUCCAAGAACUACAACUUGGUUCAUCCAAGAGCUGCUGAACAACACCUUAUAGCAACUCUCAGCAACCUGCAACACAUUGCAGAGCUGCAACAUCCACAACAACAGUACCCAACAACCUUUAACACAUUGCAGAGCUGCAGCAAGCUGCAACAUCCACAACAACAGUACCCAACAACCUUCAACAUAUUGCAGUGCUGCAGCAACUGCAACAUCCAACAAAAAAUCCUUCAACUACAUAACAACUUCAGCAUCCAAUAACUGUAACAUCUUCAGCAACCAACAAUUACAAUAACUUUAGCACCUAACAACAGUUGAGCUACUCUUGGAGUUUUUUCAUUUGUAGAAAUAACCCCAUGAAGCUUCUCAGAUAAUGCAGAGAUGCAGCACCAAGCAACAACAAUACCCAACAACCUCCAACAACAUGUACCUCAACUACACAACCACCUACACAUCUCCAACACAACCAUACUUGGAACCUGCAACAUCCAACAACUAGCAGCAACCUGCAGACCUGCAACAAUGGAUCAAACAUAGAAUGAUUUUUUUUCUAAAUUCAGCAAAGUUCAACAGCGGUAGCAACACUGCUGAAAUUGUGGUAGUAGCACAGUUCAGCAACACCAGCAACUUAGUUUUUAACUCUCAAUAUUUAAGUGUAGCAACACAUAUUAAAGUGGCAACAAUUAGCUCAAAUACCAUAGAAAGCUCAAAGUUUCAACAACUAUCUUUCUAAGAUAGUAAUUUGCAGUAAGUGAAAUAAAUAUUUAUAUAGUUAAUUAUGUAAAAUUACCUUUUUCAGCGAUCUCAAGUUUUUGAAUUUCUUCUAAAA